GUUCCUGAAUGUGAAGGCAUGUUUUUUCACGGAGCCUAAGGAAAACACUUUACCGAACUCAUAUGGGAUGGCCCUAUUUCAACAUAUACAUGCUGAAAGACACUACUGUGAAGUGAAUGUCUCAGGCAGCAGAACCCUGAUGAGAGUGCAGAGGAGGAGGAGGAACAGACAACCUGGAGAGACAAACCCCUACAUGGCAUGUACCACCGUCAGAUAGAGGAAGUGGCUGAUAUCAAGAAAUCCUACCAGUGGCUGGAUAAUGCAGGACUGACAGACAGCACAGAGGCACUAAUCAUGGCAGCACAAGAACAGGCCAUAAGCACAAGAGCCAUAGAGGCCAGGAUCUACCAGAGUAGAUCAGACCCAAGAUGCAGACUGUGCAAAGAAGCCCCUGAAACAGUCCAGCACAUAGUAGCAGGGUGUAAGAUGCUAGCUGGAUCAGCGUACAUGGAGAGGCACAACCAAGUGGCUGGGAUAGUAUACAGGAACAUCUGCAACCAGUAUGGAAUAGAAAUACCCAAGUCCCAAUGGGCCAUACCACAGAAGGUGGCUGAGAACAACAGGGCCAAGAUUCUGUGGGACUUCAGCUUCCAGACUGACAAACAGAUCCUGGCUAACCAACCAGACAUAGUGGUGGUGGACAAAGAGCAGAAGAGGGUGGUGGUGAUAGAUGUGGCGAUCCCAGCUGAUGCCAACAUCAGGAAGAAGGAACAUGAGAAACUUGAGAAGUAUCAAGGGUUGAAAGAGCAGCUGGAACGGAUGUGGAAGGUCAAGGGUUGUGUGGUCCCCGUGGUAGUGGGGGCACUUGGGGCAGUAACCCCCAAACUGGGAGAGUGGCUCCAGCAAAUCCCAGGAACAACAUCUGAAGCCUCAGUCCAGAAGAGGGCAGUCCUAGGAACAUCGAAGAUACUGUGCAGAACCCUCAAACUCCCAGGCCUCUGGUAGAGGACCCGAGCUUGAGGAUGACAUGGAUACCACGCCCCCCUGCUGGGGGUGAGAA